GACAAGACUCUUGAAGAACCAACUCCCGAUAUUGCUCUUCAACAUUGUUUGUCUCUCGAAUCUUGCAACCCACAAUACCCGUGGCACUCAUGGCACAAUCCGGAGACUCGUCAAAUAGCCAUGACACCAACCAUGACAACAAAACGACUACAAUGUGGGGGAUCAUCCUCUGCGUUGUAGUCAUCCUGAUCAUCAGCAUUAUCUGCUUCGUACACUGGCUCUUGCGAAACAACCAUAUGCCACGACCUUUAGAAACACAGCUUCCGCGAUUUCGAACGAGCUCCGGCUUGGGAAAGGUCACCGUGGAGAACAUGCCGACCGUGACAUAUCAUUCUCGAAUACACUCCAAGCAGAUUCACACACAAGCUCAAAUGACUCCAUCAAUGUUCCGGAAGCAACGAAAACCGAAACUCGAAGCUUUACAGCGCUAUUUCACAAUGCCUAACAUGUCGAGCCGCUCUCCGAAUGUCAGCGACAGAAACGCACGACAAGCAGAUGAACGCACUUCUCCGGCGUGUUCUAUCUGCACUGAAGAUUUCAUUGAAGGGACAGGUUUGAGGAAAUUGCCGUGCGGUCACCUAUUUCACCCACAAUGCAUCGAUCCUUGGUUGAUUGGAAGAUCGAGGACUUGCCCAUUAUGUCGCGUUGAUCUGGCAACCCUAAUAAAUUUGACGAAACCGCAAGCAGUGCAUUCAUUUGGGGCCCGAGGACGAGCAUAUCAUUCACAAGCUACGAGAUAAUGAUAUGAUGGACAUGGCACGCGUUGAAGAUACCAAUGAGAAAAUGACGAGCGAUUUGCCAGGAGCAUGGCCAAGGCGUUUCACAGUGUACUAGAUUCAAAGCCUG